AUGGCUCGCAGAGCUGCUCAGAAGCAGGUCCAGGCUGCGCCGCUUGAUGGCUACCUCGUCGCUACUUCCGGACGCUUUCAAGGAACGAAUCAAUCUGCUCUCCAAGACCGCAUCCUCGAUCUGGGAGGAGACAUCGCGUCCAAAGUCACAACCGAUACCAGUGUUCUGAUUGCCACUGACAAAGACUUCGAAGCAAAGUCGAUAAAGGUUGCCGCUGCGAUUAGCAACGGUAUUCCAAUCGUCACGAUCGGCUGGCUUGAGGAGACCGAAUCAUCAAACGUCAAAGCAGAUGAAGCGCAAUACUCAAUCGGCACGCCAAUUGCAUUGAAGCAGACCUCGAAUCUCGCUCCCCCUCCUGCUGCAGCCAAUGGAAAGAAACGCGCAGCUUCACCAACCGCCUCGCCUCCGCCAAGUCAAACUGCUUCUCAAUCAAAGAAGCGUAAGACACUUGAGAAGAAGUCCAAGAACGAGAAUGCCAAGGUUGGAGAUGGCCAGAACGCAAAGUCGAAAAAGAUUGCAGUCUCCGUCGAUGAAUACUGCACACUACCCACUUACGAGGUGUACAUUGACAACGACGGUCUCGUUUGGGACGCGGCUUUGAACCAGACCAACGCUUCUGCCAACAACAACAAAUUCUAUAAAGUCCAAUUGCUACGAGAUCCCAAGGGCACGGACUUUCACACUUGGACCCGAUGGGGACGGGUUGGUGAGAGAGGCCAAUCUGCCAUGUUAGGUGCUGGUUCCCUCUCUGAUGCUGUUGAGCAGUUCGAGAAGAAGUUCAAGGGAAAAUCUGGCCUCAGAUGGGAGGACCGUGGCGAGGAUCCUAAGAACGGCAAAUACGCAUACGUGGAGAAAAACUACAAUCCCGACUCUGAUGACGAUGGUGACGACGACGGAGAGAAAGACACUGCCAAUGGAGCAACUGGCGAUGCGAAAGACGACAGUGAUAGGCCAACUGCCCAGUCCAAGCUAACCAAGCCGGUCCAGAACCUGAUGGCACUUAUCUUCAACCAACAAUACUUCCAAGACACCAUGAGAGAGAUGAAUUAUGAUGCCGAUAAGAUGCCGUUAGGUAAACUUAGCAAAGGCACCAUCAGUCGCGGUUUUCAGACACUGAAGGACCUUGCUGCAAUCAUCGACAACCCUACUACAUCUUGGGAAUUGGAAGCUCUUUCCAAUCGAUACUACUCACUCAUCCCUCAUGCCUUUGGACGCAAUCGUCCGCCGGUCAUCCACAACAACGUGCUCCUUAAGAAGGAGAUCGAUCUACUUGAGAGUCUGUCUGACAUGAAGGAGGCUGCCGAUAUGCUCAAGAAUAGCCUGAAGGACGACAGCGACCUCAAUCGUCUGGACCGUCAGUUCCAGACCCUGGGUAUGAAUGAGAUGGAGGUGCUUAAUCCCAAGAGUUCGGAGUUCGUUGAACUGUCGGACUAUCUUACGAAAACAAAGGGGGCGACGCACAACGUUAAGUAUGCUGUGCAAGACAUCUUCCGCAUUCAACGCAAGGGCGAGUUCGAGCGUUUUGACAAGAGUCCUUACGCAAAGUUCUCUGGCAAUCGUCGACUGCUCUGGCACGGUUCUCGCGUUACCAACUUUGCUGGUAUCUUGGGUCAAGGUCUGCGCAUUGCGCCUCCUGAAGCUCCCGCAACUGGAUACAUGUUCGGCAAAGGUAUCUACCUCGCAGAUAUGUCAAGUAAAUCGGCGAACUACUGCUUCCACUUCCAAUCCGGCGGCACUGCUUUGCUCUUGCUCUGUGAAGCAGAGCUCGGCGACCCAGUGCAUGAGCUUACGAAUGCUUCGUACACUGCAGGUGAAGACGCCAAAGCGAAGGGCUUGUGCAGUACCUGGGGUAAGGGUCGGGUCGGACCAAACCAAUGGAAAGAUGCAGGAUGCGUCCACUCCUCAUUGGCAGGUACCAUGAUGCCUGAUGUUGCAACCGAUCCUGGCGACACUAACGUGCAGGGAGCAUACCUCCAGUACAACGAGUACAUCGCCUACGAUGUCGCCCAAGUGCGUCUACGAUACCUUCUUCGCGUUCGCAUGUAA